CGGCUCGCCUUCCCCGACCUGGGGAGCCGGGGGACGCAGAUCCGGGGGCCGAGCUAGGGCUGCGGGCUUCCGGGCUCUGGAAGGUGGGGUCGGGACCGCUUUGUGGACCGUGCAGCUUGGGAAGCCGGCCCAGAGACCCGCCAGGGUUAGGAUCGGCUCUAAUGCAGGUCACCCGCUAAUUAGUGUUCUAUGGCGGAAACCCGGGAAGACCCGACCACAUUUACUGCCCGGUCUCUGCCCAGCGAUCCCCGGUUCUUGGCCACUGUGACCAAUGCAUACCUGGGCACACGCGUGUAUCAUGACACCCUGCAUGUGAGUGGCGUGUACAAUGGGGCUGGGAGUGGCACACACCGAGCAAGUCUGCCCAGCCCGCUCAACGUCAAGCUGGAGGCACCCCCAGGGCCAGGAGAGCAGAUGGCCGAGACCUUUGCCCUGGACACCAACACAGGAUCCUUUCUGCACACCCUGGAGAGCUCCAACUUCAAGGCUUGCCAGCGAAUCUACGCCCACCGCACACUGCCCCACGUUCUGGCCUUCAGUGUGUCCAUUGCACGCUUGGCUGCAGGGAGCUGGCCCAUCACAGUGCUGCUGCGUUCAUCCUUCUCCCCAGAAAGCCCAGACCUGGACUUGCAACUGGGGCCUGACUUCCAGGGAGUCCGGUACCUGUGUGGCCACACACUCACCCCUGAGCAACCUGGGGGGCCGCAACAGGAGGUGCACAUGCUGUGGACACCAGUGCCCCCGACGCUGACCCUGGGGGAAGGCGAGGAGGACAGGACCUGGGAGUUCCUAACUGUAGUGGGCAGCAGCCAGGCAGAGGCCCAGGCCCACCUCCAGGAGGCCCUGCAGCUGCAGGCCAGGGGCACUCUGUACCCAGCCCAUGCACAGUCCUGGGCCCAGCUGUGGGCAGGCUGCGGCGUGGACGUGGUGGGACCGCUGCCCCUGCGCCAGGCCCUUCGUGGCUCCCUCUACUACCUGCUCAGUGCCCUGCCCCCACCCGGGGCUGUAGGGUACGUCUGUCAUGGCCUCAGCCCCGGGGGCCUCUCCAACGGGAGCCAGGAGGAGUGCUACUGGGGCCAUGUCUUCUGGGACCAGGAUCUCUGGAUAUUCCCAAAUAUCCUGAUGUUCCACCCAGAGGCUGCCAGGGCCAUCCUGGAGUACCGCAUCAGGACACUGAGUGGGGCCCUUGAGAAUGCCCGGAACCUGUGCUACCAGGGAGCCAAGUUUGCUUGGGAGAGUGCAGGCUCAGGCUUGGAGGUCUGCCCUGAGGACAUUUAUGGGGUUCAGGAGAUCCACAUCAAUGGGGCUGUCCUGUUGGCUUUCCAGCUAUACUACUACACCACCCAGGACCUGCAACUUUUCCGGGAGUCUGGUGGCUGGGAUGUGGUCAGUGCUGUGGCUGAGUUCUGGUGUAGCCGUGUAGAGUGGAGCCCCAAGGAGAAGCAGUACCACCUGAGAGGAGUCAUUCCGCCUGAUGAGUACCAUUCAGGAGUCAACAACUCCACGUACACCAAUGUCCUGGUCCAGACCAGCCUGCACUUUGCAGCUGAUCUGGCCCAGGACCUGGGUCUGCCUGUCCCUAACCAGUGGCUGGUGGUGGCUGAUAAGAUCAAGGUGCCCUUUGACCCGGAGCGGAACUUCCACCCUGAGUUUGAUGGGUAUGAGCCUGGAGAGGAGGUGAAGCAGGCUGAUGUCGUGCUCCUGGGGUACCCAGUCCCCUUCCCCCUGAAUCCUGAUGUCCGCAGAAAGAACCUGGAGAUUUACGAGGCUGCGACAUCCCCCUGGGGCCCAGCCAUGACCUGGAGCAUGUUUGCAGUGGGCUGGAUGGAGCUGAAGGACCCAUCAAGGGCACGAAGCCUUCUGGACAAGAGCUUUACCAGUGUAACUGAGCCCUUCAAGGUGUGGACAGAGAAUGCAGACGGGUCUGGCGCAGUGAACUUCCUGACAGGCAUGGGGGGCUUCCUGCAGGCAGUGCUCUUUGGAUGCACAGGCCUCAGGGUCACCAGGACAGGUAUGACCUUUGACCCCCUGUGUCCGGCGGGGGUCUCCGGAGUGUGCGUCUCUGGCAUCUCCUACCAGGGGAACAAGCUCAACUUUGCCAUCUCUGAGGACUGUGUGACAGUUGAGGUCACUGCCCAGGUGGAACGCUGGGCCCCCCUGCUGGAGGCCGAGCUGUGGCCCUCACAGGUUCGGCUCCCUCUGCUGCCAGGACACAAGGCCUCCUUUCCCCUCUCGGCUGGCCGAAUACAAAGGUCACUCCCAUAGCUGCCUGAAGCACUGACUCCGAGAAUUUCCUGGGAGAAUUUUCGAAGACAUUAGACCCAUGCUGCCGAGCCUCUGGGACACCCCAGAGCUCUCCGCCCCCCAGGCCCUCACCCUGGAGCCCUGCCCCUGAGUGACCAGGGAAACUGGCUUCAGAGAUGUCUCCUGAGCCCCACUUUUCACCUGCUGCCCCGUGUCCCUCACCCCACUCUCCCCCAGUCCCAGGCUGUCGGCCUGGCCUGAGCCCCUCCCCAGCCUGGACUGCAGCAGUUUCCCCACACCUCAUCUGCCCGUUGGUCUGACCCCGACACCCCGUCUCUCAGUGCCCCAUCUUGCUCCCCAGGCACUUUCCAGGGCCCCUGCAGCCAGGGCCUGAGUGUCCACACUGACUCCCUUAGACUCGGUCACAGGGCCUUUAGGGGAGUGACUGUCAGCUCUCAUGAGGAAGCAGGCAGCAGGGAUGGGGGCACUGCCACAGGGAGGAAGGGCCUCCGCCACUGCAGAGUUGCCAGAAGAGAGCUUUUCCUGUAGUGCAGCUGAGGUCAGGCAGGGCUGGAGCAGGCCUGCACACGGGCGUCAUCUCCAACUCCUUGACUGCAGGUCAGAUGGCCUCUGGCACUAUAGGGUGAGGUGGGCAGCCUGUUCUCAACCACGUGGCCUAAGAAGAGGGAAGGGAGUGCCAUUGCUGGAGGACAAGCCGGGGGUGGGGGUGUCGGAGCAAGACCCUCAAAUUCCCCACUGGCCACCAGAGGAGCUAGUGCAAGUGCAUUUGGGUUCAGGGUCACAGUCCCAGGCCUGGCUGCGAUAGGCAGGCUGUUCAAAGACGGAGGCUUUUCCUGGAGCAGCUCCUGAGACCUCAGCCAGCCCUGGGGUGGGUCACCAGUGGCUUCCCCAGAACAGGUGAGAUGGCAUCUGGAACCAGGAUAAUGGUGAGGUCCAGACCCUGCACCAAGCCACCUGCAGAGUCCAAGUCAGUGCUGGGAAGAGAUUUGCUCUUAUAAAGGCCUGCACACUUCUUCUGAAA